CAAGUUCUGGUUCAUAUCUUUCUUCUAAGUAACCAUCAACCGCAGCCCAGCCCGUGACAUUCAACUGCCAUAAGGUGAUCUCGACUAUAUAUCUCCAACUGCAGACGAACUGCGAAGCUGGUUAAGGUAAAAGAAGAUGGGAGAAUUGACAGGGUACCAGUUGGGGGUUCUUGGUGCAUUGUUUCUAUCUGUUGCAUCAUCAGUCUCAAUUGUUAUCUGCAACAAAGCCUUGAUGAGCAAUCUUGGUUUUCCUUUUGCUACAACAUUGACAAGUUGGCACCUGUUGGUAACAUAUGCUACACUUCAUGUGGCGCACCGUUUUAAUUUCUUUGAGAACAAAAGCAUUGAUAUGAAGACCGUGAUCCUAUUUGGUAUUCUAAAUGGUGUUUCUAUCGGUUUUCUUAACUUGAGCCUUGGCUUUAACUCCAUUGGCUUUUAUCAGAUGACCAAACUAGCAAUCAUCCCUUUCACCGUUCUCUUAGAAACUCUUUUCUUGAAAAAACAGUUCAGCCAGAAAAUAAAGUUAUCUCUUUUCCUCCUACUUGUUGGAGUUGGCAUUGCAUCAGUGACAGAUCUGCAGCUCAAUUUUCUUGGAACAGUUCUCUCACUUUUAGCUAUCGCCACCACCUGUGUUGGUCAAAUUCUUACAAACACAAUUCAAAAGAGACUAAAUGUAUCAUCAACUCAACUGCUGUACCAAUCAGCCCCGUAUCAAGCAGCCAUUCUGUUCGUCACAGGCCCUUUGGUAGAUCAGUACCUCACCAAGCAAAAUGUUUUUGCUUUCAAAUAUUCGCCUCUUGUUUUGGGAUUCAUAAUACUAUCGUGUGUAAUUGCGGUUUCUGUGAACUUUAGUACAUUUUUAGUGAUUGGGAAAACAUCACCAGUUACAUACCAAGUCCUAGGACAUCUAAAGACAUGUCUUGUUCUUGCAUUUGGGUAUACUUUGCUACAUGAUCCGUUCACACAGAGGAACAUCAUUGGAAUACUUGUUGCCAUUGUCGGAAUGGGCUUGUAUUCUUACUUUUGUACAUAUGAAAACAAAAAGAAACAAAUGGUUGACCUCUCUCCAAAUUCUCAGAUUAAAGAUAAAGAUAGUAACACACCCCUUUUGGGACAUCAAGAUAAAGAAAAUCAUUUUGAGGUGAAGAAAGCAACCAAAGACUCCCUUGUUUAAGCUAAAGUGACUUGUAGGUUUUUUAAAUGUGUUUAUUUCCUUUCCUUUCAUCAUGUAUGCAAUUCAAUUGAGUAUAAUGAAAUUUUGAUUCUUUUUUUUUUUUAA